AUGGCUUCAUCCAUCGAUCUCAACAACAUCCAAGGAGACAUCCUGUCUGGGCUCCCCAAGAAAGCUGAGACAUUCUACUUCUUCGAGAUUGACAAGAAUGUGGAUGCAUUCCGUACCCGCCUUCACAAAGUUGUGCCUCUGAUCGCCUCAGACAAGUUCGUGUCGUCCGGGCGAGACAAGAUCUCUUCGCAUAGGAAACACCACACAGGUUUUCUGUCUCUUGCUUUCGCAAAUAUUUCCUUCUCCUCCAAAGGCCUCCAGAAGAUCGGAAUCAAUGCAGCCGAGGCCAAGGACGACGGCUUUACAGCCGGUAUGCUGCCCGAUGCGAAAGCUCUCGGUGACGCUGGGACAGGAGUCGAUGGCAAGCCUUUCGAACCCAAGUGGAUCCCCGAAUUCAAGAAGGGGACCAUCGACGGCGUCAUCGUCAUCGCUGGAGAUUGCGAGCACAGCAUAAACAAGAAGCUGGACGAGAUCCUCGCUGUCUUCAGCAACACCAUCCACAAGGUGAUCAGCAUCUUCGGGCACAGCCGUCCCGGCAAGGAGAGUGGCCACGAACACUUCGGAUUCUUGGAUGGUGUUUCCAACCCAGCUGUGAAGGGAGUCAGCGAGGACCUUUCGACCCAGGGACCGGUCGACCCAGGAGUCAUCCUGCUGGGCCGCGAGGGCGAUGCGCAACAAGCGGAAAGGCCAGUAUGGGCCAAGGACGGAAGCUUCCUGGCCUUCCGUUUCCUGCAGCAGCUCGUGCCCGAGUUCGACAGGUUCCUGGAGCUGAAUGCCCCUCGGGUCAACGAUCCCGCCGCGAACACUGCCGAGCUUCUCGGUGCUCGCUUCACCGGCCGCUGGAAGUCUGGUGCGCCUAUCCAGGUUACUCCGUUCAAGGAUGACCCGGCGCUGGCUGCAGACCCAAAGAGGAACAACAUCUUCACGUUUGAUAAAGGCAACCAAGACAAAUGCCCCUUCGCAUCUCAUGUCCGCAAGAUGAACCCCCGAGGUGACAUCCUCAUCGGUGACAUCAACCCGCAUAGGGUCAUACGACGGGGCAUCCAGUAUGGGCCUGAGGUCAAUGACCGGGAGAAGAAGCAGCACAAGACGGAGAAGGACAGGGGACUCUUGUUUGUCAGCUACCAGAGCAGCCUGGGCAGAGGAUUCCAGUUCCUGCAGAAGAGCUGGGCCAACAACAUCAGCUUCCCGCCGAACACACCGCAGGUGCCCGGCUUCGACCCUCUGAUCGGUCAGGUCGAUAACACGGUCCACAACGAGGGCCCGCGGAACAUGACCGGCGCUGAUCCGGUGAACGUUGCCAAUUCGCUCGAUCUAGGCUUCCAAGUCUGGGUUGUUCCCAAGGGCGGUGAGUACUUCUUCUCGCCUUCGAUCUCUGUUCUCAGGGACACCUUCGCGAAGAAUGGCGUGGAUGAGCUCAAGCUGUGA